GGCAUGCGUCCAGAACUCGAGAACGCGCCGAAGAUGGUGUCAUCUCAGUCACGCAUUGCGAAGUGAAUUGAGCCAACUUUGCACCACUUGCUGUUGCACAUUUCGUCGCUGUUUUUUCCGCUUCAUAUAUAAGGCCACCUACGGGCCCAGGUUUUCGCGACGCGACACACGGAGCCCCCUGCUGACCUGCAGGACACCACCAUGGCAGCCGCAUCGCACACCGCAGAGAAGGACGAUGCGUCGCUCGAGAAGCCCGCCCUCAAGAAUUCGCCCUCCAUCCCUUCGCUCGAUCGGAACGCAGAUCGCGAAGCUGCGAAGCCUGGUCUGCUAGACUUCGAGCCCAAAUGGUACCACUCGGUCUUUUUCAACAUGACCAUCCUUGGACUCUGCAACUUCUCGGCUCCUGGUCUGUGGGGUGCGAUGAACUCUCUCGGCGCGGGCGGCGCGGCGUCACCACAUCUGAUCAACGCUGCGAAUGCAUUGACGUUUUGCCUCAUGGUGCUGAGCUGUUGGCUCGGAAGUGCAUUCGUGAACCUCUUCGGCGUGAAGUUCACCCUGAUGUUCGGCACUGCAGGAUACUGCAUCUACGCCGCAGGUCUGUACACGAACAACGUCUUCGGCACGACCUGGCUUGUACUCUUCGGCGCAGCCGCGUGCGGCAUCUGUGCAGGGCUCUUCUGGAUGAUCGAGGGCGCCAUAGCGCUCUCGUACCCAUCGCCCGCAGGGCGCGGCAAGGCACUCGGUUACUGGCUCUGCUACCGUGUCUCGGGUCAGGUCCUCGGCGGCGCGAUCAACCUCGGCAUCAACGCCCGGCGGUCGCAGGCGGGGAGCGUGUCAAGUAAGGUGUACAUUGUGUUUAUCGCGUUGCAGGCGUGUGGCCCGUUCAUCGGCUCGCUGCUCUCGCCGCCGCACAAGGUCCAGCGAAAGGACCGCACACCCGUCGAGCUUUACAUUGGCACGAACUUCCUCGAGGAGUGGCGCGCGACGUGGCACAUGUUCUUCAGUCGCAAGUUUCUGCUGCUCGUUCCGCUCAUCUGGCAGACCGUCUUCUCCGAAUCCUUCACAGGGACGUACUUCGUUGACUACUUCAGCGUGCGUGCCCGCGCUCUGGGCUCUUUCUGCAGCGCGAUCCUGUGCAUGAUUGUCGGGCUGUUCGAGGGGUAUCUCCUCGACCGGACCAGCUGGUCUAAGAAGAGCCGUGCACGCUGGUCGUUCGUUAUCAUCCUCAGCCUGCAGGGCGGGUGGUGGAUCUAUAGCCAGAUCAUCCAGCAAAUCUACGUCCGCGACCAUCCAACGCUCGACUGGACCUCGCCGGGCUUCGGGCGCGGCUUCGUGCUCUACCUCGUCAUCACCGUCGGCUUCCAGAUGAACUACCUGUACAUGUUCUGGGUCGUCGGCAGCCUGGUCGAGCACCCGCGCGACAUCAUCCGCAUCGCCGCGCUCCUCCGCGGAACUGAGAGCGCCGCGCAGGCGGUCUCGUACGGCAUCAACUCGACCGCGCUCGCCCUGAACGCCGCGAGCGCGAUCAACUUCGGGCUCUGGGGUCUCGCCCUCGUCCCGGGGUGGCUCGUCGUGAGGACGAUCGGCAUCGGCAAGCCAAGUUCGGACGACCUGACCGCGGAGGGCGCUAGGAGUGGUGAAAGCGUGUCGAAGGACUCGAGGGAGGAGUCAGUGGCGGAAAAGGGGCAGUAGGGGGGCCUUAGGGGAGAUCGCGGAUGCAAGGGAGUUGAUAGAAUAUACCAUAGAGAAACAGAGAUGAUCAAGACGACAAUGAAGUGCGAACCACUGUGUAUCAACUAGAGCAAGCCAAAUAGGCAACGAAGCCGUGACAGUAGAUAGACAAGUUUACGAUCAAUGAGACUAGUGGUGCAGUUGAUCAUGAAGACAUUGUCGUUCGUAAAUGUAUUCCUGAUUGUAGCCGAGGAGAUGCCUCUCCAUGUCUAGACGUCGAAGAGGCUUGUAGGGAUCGUUCAGGUGACUUGUCAUCCUCAACU